AUGGUACAGCGACUCACAGGGACCUAUGGUAGUGACUCACAGGGACCUAUAGUAGUGACUCACAGGGACCUAUGGUACAGCGGCUCACAGGGACCUAUGGUACAGGGACCUAUGGUACAGCGACUCACAGGGACCUAUGGUACAGCGGCUCACAGGGACCUAUGGUACAGCGACUCACAGGGACCUAUGUGCCUCACAGGGACCUAUGGUAGUGACUCACAGGGACCCGUCCCUGAGCUCAGUGGUUUCCUCCUGUUGCCUCACUCUGCCUCAGACGCCGAGCGAACCAUGGACACCUGGGAGGACGACCUGCAGUACCUGCUCGACCACUUUAACCAAUCAGAUUACGGCACUGACCCCACGUACCUGUCCAAGGGCCCCGUCCAGCUCUGCUCCAAGACGGACGUCAACACCUUUGGCUCCGCCUUCGUCCCGGCGUUCUACCUGGCCACCUUCGUCCUGGGUUGCCUUGGAAACGGCCUGGUGCUGGUCACCAUCGUUGCGUACGAGAAGCUGCAGAGCGUCACCAACGUCUUCCUCCUGAACCUGGUGAUGUCAAACCUGAUCUUCGCGGCGUCGCUGCCGUUCUGGGCGGCGUACCACCGGUGGGAGUGGCUUUUCGGGCGCUUCAUGUGCAAAGCCGUGAGCAGCGCGUACAUGAUCGGCUACAACAGCUCCAUCCUCUUCCUCACGCUCAUCACCUUCGACCGUUACCUCGCCGUGGUCCACGCCGUCGCCGCCGCAAAGAGCCGCAAGAAGCUGUACGCCGUCUUCGCUUCUGUGGUCGUCUGGGCCGUUAGCAUAGCGGCUAGCAUCAAGGACAUCCUGUUGCGCGACGUCCAAAAGAACCCCCAGUCCGGCCUUCUCUGCGAGGACACUGGAUACUCCAAGGACAUCAUGAACCGCUGGCGUUUCGUUAGCACCUGUGUCCAGUUUUCUCUCUUCUUCAUGGUUCCGCUGUGUCUGGUCAUGUUCUGCUAUGCUAGCAUAACCGCGCGCAUCCUCGCCACGCAGCUCAAAGAGAAGUGUCGCACGAUCAAGCUCAUUUUCGUCAUAAUCUUUACAUUCUUUGUCUUUUGGACGCCGUACAAUAUCGUCUGCCUUCUGCGGGUGCUAAAGCUAAAGCAGGAUGGAGCGGCGGCGGGUGCUAGCGUGUGCGAGGAUUCCGAGAGCCUGGAUUACGCGCUCUACGUGACGCGGAACUUGGCGUACCUGUACUGCGGCGUCAGCCCGGUCUUCUACACCUUCGUGGGGAAGAAGUUCCAGAGCCAUUUCCGCAGACUUCUGGGGAAAUACGUGCCGUGUCUGAAACGCAGAAUGAGUUUGAGUAGCCACAGCAGCGUUAGCAUCGGCGGCAGCACCAAGACCACGUCACAGAGAACCCACAACGCCAUCCAAGCUAGCGCCUUUAGCAUCGUUUAG